AUGGUAUUAAAGAAAUAUUAUAUAUUUCAGUCUCUGUUGGAAUUGAAUAAAAUUUCCAAAAUGGGAAGUAAAGAAACUUUUGUUGAUUAUUACCAAAUAUUAAAAUGCAAUAGAAAUGCUACUGAAGAAGAGUUAAAAAAAAGUUAUCAACAAUUAGUUUUAUUAAAUCAUCCUGAUAAAAUAGGUUAUGGAAAUGAAGAGAAAUUCCGUCAAGUUCAAAAUGCUUGGUCAGUUCUAAGGGAUCCACAAAGCCGUAGACAAUAUGAUGCUAUGCUUAUGUGCUAUGAAAGUGAUGAUCUUCUACUAUAUAACACAAUUUCACUAUCUGAUAUGGAAUUAAACUCUACAGAAAAUGUAUAUAUGUAUGAGUGUAGGUGCAGUGGAAUUUAUUAUUUAGACAUGAGUGAACUUUUUACACCUCAAGUUAUCAUAAAUUGUAAUGAAUGUUCCUUUUCUAUUCAAGUUAAUAUUAGAGAA